GUUUGUAAAUUGUAGUCUGGAGACACCGCUGUAUAGCGCUCAGCGCGCAAAUGUAUUUUGUAAUGUUGAUAAACGUAUGUUGUUUUAAUUACUUUUAAAAAUUACUGGUUCGUGGAGACAGCGGGGUCGAAAAUCUUGGCGACGCGUUGGAUAUUGUGGAAGUAAACCAGGCAGGAAGGCAGACUAUAAUGGUCCUUAGUCAGAUGGAUGCCGGCAAAGCUCUGACGGCGGCAGCAGCCAAAGGGAACACCAGCGAGGUGCAGAGGAUCCUGGAGGAAUGCAGAGUGCAUCCUGAUACUCCAAAUGAGUUUAGCAGGACUGCCCUACAGGUGAUGAUGAUGGGGAACUCCAAGAUUGCCAGUCUGUUGUUAGAAAAAGGAGCCAACCCCAACGUCCAGGACAGGCACGGGAUAACGCCUGUCCACGACGCAGCUCGAACAGGCUUCCUUGAUACCGUGGAGGUUCUGGUGGAGUACGGCGCCUCAGUAAACAUCCCGGACAGGAAUGGCGCACUCCCUAUCCACAUCGCCAUCCGGGAAGGCCACCGGGAUGUUGUGAAGUAUUUGGCGCCACGGUCCAACCUUAAACACGCCAAUGUCAGCGGACAGACAGCGGUAGACGUGGCCCGAGCUUCAUGCGUGCCCGAUAUGAUUGACUUGCUUUUUUCGCACAUUCAUAGUUAGCCUGAAAAGUGGGUGUAUUUUGCCUAACCCUAACCUCACACUUUGUUUCGCUUCAGUCCUGGUAACUUGAUUUUUGUUGCUGUGUAAAGGAUUUUUCUUUUCUUUUGUUAACAGUGGCUCAGCAUUAUUAUGUGACAGGACAUAUUGUCUUGGCAGCUUAUUUUCAGUGGAUGGGUGGCUAUAUACUGUAGACACCUCUUUUGCACAGUGCAAUUUAGGCACCUUAUAUGAACAUAUACAUAUAUAUCUGUUUUCCCUAUGAAUUGGGAGUGCACAUUUGUAGAUAGUCCCCCCGCCCCCAGUGUUUUCUAAUUAUUUCCUUUGUGUAAGAAUUGUAACAGUUGUAUGUUGUUGUUUUUUUAAUUUACAAAACUUGACAUUGUGCACCCUGAUUGCUUUGCAUAGUUGUGUUUCUAUUAAUUAGAUGUACUUAGAGUUUGGAUUUACUCCUAUUUAUUGUUAAAAUAGGACUGAAUAUUCCUCUUUGUAAAUAGCAACCCUUAUUGUGAUUUGUUGAAAUGUUAUUUAUAUAAAUACUUUUAAAAUCUAAGUGAGAUUAUUCACUUCACUAUUUGAAGAAGA